CGAUUCACCAUAAUAAAUUAUAUAAGGAGGCGUUACCGUCGGGUUGAGCUCACAACAAGGAGAGAGAGAGAGAGAACGAUGCACUGUUAAAGAUCCCAAGCGUCACACUUCAGACCGGAGCCGACGAUACCGAAAGUCUCUGAUCGGAUCAGGCUGCUUAUUAAUCAUGCAUAAGAACAAACUGACCCGAGCGGUCAUGGACGGGGAUGUGGCCUCUGUGACGUCACAGCUGACCUCCCUGGGCUCCAUGGAGGACGCGAGUCGUAGACAGAAGACAUUCCUCCACGCCCUAGGGUGUGCUGCUUCCAGCGGUCUCGUGGAGAUUACUCGGGUGUUGGUGAACUUUGACCCCGAGUGGGCUCGACGUAAGCGGACUCGGGACACGCCCAUUUUCCUUCUGGCUGCGAUUCGGGGUCAUUUGGAGGUCGUACAGGUUUUGGUAGAGUCAGGGGCGGAUCUCGCGGUGAUGGGGGCAGGGGGGAACACUGCGCUGCACGAAGCCUCGAGACUUGGUCAUCUGGAAAUUGUGCGAUAUUUGAUUUCCAACGGGGCAAAAGUCAACGUGAAGAACAAAGACGGACACACGAGUUUGAUGCUAGCUGCCCAAUCUGGGCACGCUGAGGUGGUUCGUGUUCUGUUGGAAGAGGGAGAGGCGUGCGUACAUGUGUUAACCAAGACAGAGGCAACGGCUCUCGAGUUUGUUCCAAACGACAGGGCAGACAUAGUCAAGUUAUUAUGUCAGCACGGAGUGGACGUCAACCAUAGAGAUAAAGAAAAAGAAACAGCUCUAACCUCCUCUUUGAAACGACGAGGGAAAAUGAGUCUUGAACUUUUGAACUGUCUUUUGUUGUACGGCGCAGAUGUUAACAUCCCCGACAGGCAUGAACAGAGUCCCCUCCUGCUGGCUGUGUCGUGUAACGAGGAGGAUGAGAUCAUAUCCAGGCUCAUAGAUGCUGGGGCUGACCCGAACGCCGCAAACCGUAGAGGAACGACGCCCCUGAUUCAGGCCGUGUGGCGGGAUAGAAAUAGGGUCAUCAGACUUCUGGCGGAAGCCGGAGCAAACAUGGACGCAUGUGACCGCGAGGGCAACUCGGCUGUGAUGAUAGCGCUGUCCAGGCGUAUGGAUGUAGAGAUUGUCUAUCUUCUAAUCGAGCUGGGCGUGGACGUAAACACCCGGAACCACGAAAACGAAACGGCGCUCAAGAUGGCUUUCUCGUUGUUUGGCAUGUCUUGGUUCGACCCUGCGUUGGCCUUGCUCCAAGCAGGAGCGAAACCACCUCUAGAGGACUCUGAAACGGGGACCUGGAUGUUAAGACGAGCCGUCAGGCAGAGAGAAACGGAUCUGUGUCUUUCCCUGAUCGACUCAGGGAUGAAAUACACGCAAACCGUGCAUGAAAUCGUCGUUUACUCUCUGAGUGACGUGGUAGAGCGUAUGCUUUGCAACGGAGGAGUUUGGCCAACCCUCAAAGUCCUAGAGUAUGUUCCAGAAGUCUACGGUAUGAUCAAUAGGCUUCCCAAAAUCCUCAGGUCUACGCCCUUGUCGCCUUUACUCGCCGCCUUCGUGUUCAAGAACGCGCGUUUGGUCCAGGCAUUUCUGUCUAUCAGUUUUCUGAAUGCCUUCGAUCUCUCCUGGUCGCCCCCGCUGUGGUCAGCUCUGAUGGCCGAGUUACAACGCAGCAGUGACGACGCGUGUGUGGACCUAGCCCUUACCCUACGAUACCAGCCCUGGUCUCUGAGAACGCUAUGUUUUGCCAACAUUUCCACAUGGAUCGGGUUCGAGAACAACAGAGCUGACAAACUCUCCAGGACCGGUUUGCCAGUUUCUCUUCAGCGGAGUUUUAUGUUCGAAUCUCGGUUGAAAAUUUCGGAACUUCCUCAUAGUUCAGCAUGAUGAAUAGUUGCUUUAUUUCUUUUAAUAAGGUGUUUGUAAUUUGUGUGUGUGUAUGUGUGUGUUUGUGUGUGUGUGUGUGUGU